AUGUUUUCAUCAUUCAAAUAUUGUGCAAUAGAUUAUUUAUAUGAGAAUUUAGUUAAAAAGGCUUGCAGAAAUGCUUUAAUGCUUCGAAUCCCUUCAUAUUUAUGUCAAGAUGAAAAAUUUUCAGAAGUUUUUGAUGAUAAAUAUAGGAGACCAAGGACAAGAGUGUCAACUGUUCCAGUUUUGGGGAUGACAGAUUUAAUCUUGGAUCAACAAAAAGAAGAUCUCCUUGUGGAAGAUUUCUUUGAAAAAAAACCAAUUACAGAAAUGAUGACCCCAAUUAACAAUGAAUUUGAUGAAGUUAUUCCAAGUUCAAACCCAAACUCCCCAACUGAAGUAGAGGAAACCAACUUAUAUACUUAUGAAGACUACAUUGACAUUUUUACACCCAUUAACCCUUUAGUAAUAUAUCCUGCACUUCAAGCAGAGAACCAAGAUUUGCCUACUAAUGAAGAGAUUAUCUCUAUAGAUCAUUUGAUGACCUAUGAAAGUCAGCUGCCAACUUCAGAUACUCCGUCAAGUAGUCAGAAAUUACGUUUGGUUGAAGAACCUCUUGUAGAUAACAAAAGACAAAAUAUGGAAGCAGAUUCUUUCAGGGAAUGUUUCUUUUUGCAAGAAGAUUUGGAAAGCUUUAUGAAGGAAGAUUUUUAUGUGGAUGAAGAAAACUUUUGCCAGAAGAAUCUAGAAAAUAUAUCAUCUAUUUUGCCUGAGAAUGAAAUCUUAAUAUCUUCAAGUUUCUGUCAAGAAGCUGACAUUUCAACGAUCUCAGAACUGAAGGAAUCACUGAACUUGGAACUAGAAGAAGUAAAUAAUGAAAAGCUUUCCCCAAAACAUCUUACUAUCAAGGAAAACAUUGAAAACGAAGAUAUAAAAUGUAGCUCUAUAGAGAUUUUGGCAACUCAAAGUCAGUGUAAACGAAAGAAUAGUGAAACAGAUCUUACUAUCAAACAAAACUUUGAAAAUGAAGAUAUAAAAUGCAGCUUCAUAGAGAUUUUAGCAACUCAAACUCAAAGUGAACCAAAAAAAAGUGAACCAGGUGACAAAGCAGAGAACCCUUUCCUGAAAGCAGGUUAUUGCUAUUACCGAGUCAUCAGGAUAUCAUAUGAACCCACUCUGAAGCAAGUCGAUGCCAGUCCUCAAGCUGGGGGCUUAUCAGAAAAGGAAUCGGGUAGUAAGCAACAGUCUAAAGAAAAGGGAGGUGGGGGCGAAGGGGCCACUGAGAGCAUAUCAGCAGCAGUGACAGUGGCAGCUUUUUCUCGGGCUGAGCAAAACAUUGAAAAUGAAGAUAUAAAAUGCAGCUCCAUAGAGAUUUUAGCUACUCAAACUCAAAGUGAACUAAAUAACAGUGAACCAGAUCUUACUACCAAGCAAAACAUUGAAAAUGAAGAUAUAAAAUACAGCUCCAUAGAGAUUUUGGCCACUCAAAGCCAGAAUGAACCAAAGAACAGUGAACCAGAUCUUACUACCAAGCAAAACAUUGAAAAUGAAGAUAUAAAAUGCAGCUCCAUAAAGAUUUUGGCCACUCAAAGCCAGAGUGAACCAAAGAACAGUGAACCAGAUCUUGCUACUAAGCAAAACAUUGAAAAUGAAGAUAUAAAAUGCAGCUCCAUAGAGAUUUUGGCCACUCAAAGCCAGAAUGAACUAAAGAACAGUGAACUAGAUUUUACUAUCAAGAAACUCAUUGAAAAUGAAGAUAUAAAAUGCAGCUCCAUAGAGAUUUUGGCCACUCAAAGCCAGAAUGAACUAAAGAACAGUGAACUAGAUCUUACUAUCAAGCAAAACAUUGAAAAUGAAGAUAUAAAAUGUAGCUCCAUAGAGAUUUUGACCACUCAAAGUCAAAGUGAACCAAAGAACAGUGAACCAGAUCUUAUUACCAAGCAAAACAUUGAAAAUGAAGAUACAACAUGCAGCUCCAUAGAGAUUUUAGCUACUCAAACUCAAAGUGAACCAACGAACAAUGAACCAGAGUUAGAAAUGUCAUUAAUUCCCUUGAACUUAAAAAAUCAACAUUCUUCAGGGAAAUCGUUAUGUUCACGACUUCAGACAUUUUCAUUUUCUCCUGUUGGUGAAAUUUUUCUUACUGCUGAAGAAUCGAUUAACAAAUACUUGAAGGUGUGGCAAUUACAAAGCUGCAGAAGUUCUUUGAUAUCUUUUUUGCUUACAGUGCCACAAACUAAAGAGCCCAUCAACCAGGAUUCAGCUAUCAAUUUGAAAAAGGCAUUUUCUCACAAAGAAAAAAGUCUUGUGGUUAGUCCUACAAACACAGAGAGGUGGAAACAAACCAGACUAAAUCUGAUAGUGACUAAAACUUUGGAACAUCCGAAUAUAUAUUUGUGUCAUGAGAAUCUACCUUCUGAUACUAAAAUGGAGAUACAUUUCCCUGGAAAAGAACUUCAGUUAGAAGGAAUUAAACUAGCUUCUGAAGGAGGAAAUUAUGCAUGGCAAGAACAUAAAGGUUGCUCUUCAUCUAUUAUACUUACUAAUGAGAAAUCUACAAAUGAUCAUUUAUCACUUCCACAAAAAAGUCCAUCUUUGGUAAAAGAAGUACCAGACCUAUGUUUUUCUGAUGAUGAUAUUGCUAUUAAGACAGCAACAAAAGAAGAGAAAGCAAAAAAUGAUAUGGAGGUAGAUUAUAAAACAAUUGAAAAUGAAGAAAAUCAAGAAUAUGAAAAACUUAACUACACAAUGCCAUACACUGAGUCACAUUCCACUGCAAAACUUGAAAAAGUGUCUUUUAAGAUUGCUCAAAAUUGUGAGAAUAGUUUGGACCCUUUGAACAAUUUUAUUAUGCUGCGAAGAAAAAAUGAGACUUGUACUUCAACAAAUUACUAUAAUGAAGUCACAGACAAUGAUGAAAAAGAUGGUAAAGAAUGUUCUUGGAUGCUUCAAGAAGAAAAUACAAAUAAAAUACUAGAAAAUAUUGAUCAGGAAAAAAUUGAAGUUAAUGUCACUGAAGAUAAUAUCAUUGAAAUUCAAGCAUCAGGUAGUCAGUGCCAAGCAUUCUGUCUCUUAGAAGCAGCAGCUACUCCCAUUUUAAAAGAACUUGUAUGUCUCUGUACUCAUGUGACUGCUAAUUGGAAAUUUGCGACUGUAAUUUUUGAUCAAACAAGGUUCCUCUUAAAGGAAAAAGAAAAAAUAGUAAGUGAUACUCUACCCAAAGGCACAAAUGAUGAAAGUGAGACGACAUACAAGUAUGCUGCUCUCUUACACCUCCUGGUAACAAUCAGAGAUGUACUUUUAACAUGUAACUUGGGCACAGCUUUAGGAUAUUUGUCAAAUGCAAAAGAUAUCUACCAAAGCAUUUUAGGCUCUUACUUAGAUAAUGUAUGGAGACAGCUGACGAUUGUACAGUUUAUUAAAGAAAAAAGCCCUGAAAGCAACCAUAAACUACAAGAAUUGCAAUGUCACCUACUAAAUUGGAUGCAAAGCAAAGAGCAAAUUAAGGUGCUGAUUAUAAUAAGGAUGGAAUCAGAUAGUGAGAAAGAUUUACUCAUUAAAACCCUUAAAAAAAUGAAAGGUUUUUACUUGACUGUCUUGCAUCUGAAUGAAAGGAAAAGUUUUUUGGAAUCUGGAGAUGUUUUAAAAGGUACCAGUUCCUGUGUAGUUGUACAUAGUCAAUACAUUGGAGCAGAUUUCCCCUGGAGUAAUUUCUCAUUCGUGAUAGAAUAUGAUUAUGUAGAAAAUUCUUGUUGGACUAAGCAUUGCAAAAAAUUGAAUAUUCCUUACACAGCCUUUAAAGUGAUUGUUCCAGACACUGUAUUAAAGAGAAGCACCUUAUUGGAUAGAUUUGGUGGUUUCCUUUUGGAAAUUCAGAUUCCAUAUGUGUUUUAUGCUUCUGAAGGGCUUCUUAAUUGUCCAGAAAUACUUCAAUUGCUAGAAUCCAGUUAUAAUAUCACCCUUGUGGAAAGAUGCUGCAACAACUCAUUAAAACUCUUUGGAAGCACAGAGCAUUAUAUAAUAAUGACAAUUGAUGAACAAACUACCAUAAUUUUGCAGGACCUUGAAGAAUUAAAUUGUGAGAGAGCAUCAGACAAUAUCAUUAUGAGAUUGAUGGCAUUAUCAUUCCAAUACAACUAUUGCUGGAUAAUUUUAUACACCAAAGAAAGGUUUAACUCAGAGUACCAUUUAACAGAAAAGACACAUCAGCACCUAGCACAGAUUUAUGCAGCUAUGGCUUCAUGUGGGCUAAAAUCAGAACUGGAUGUCAAGCUUAUAAUUUCCCCAGGAGUAAAAGAGACUGCACUGCUAAUUCGACAAAUAGCUGACCAUAAUUUAAUGACCUCGAAGAGAGAUCCUUAUGACUAUCUGGAUAAAUCCGGUUUUGAAGUUUCACCAUCCACAGAAGAAAUAUACUUACUUGACUUUCCAUGUAUUAAUCCAUUGGUGGCACAGCUCAUGUUAAAUAAAGGACCUUCACUGCACUGGAUAUUAUUAGCAACUCUUUCUCAACUUCAGGAACUCUUACCUGAAGUGCCAAAGAAAGUGUUAAAGCAAUUUUGUGAUAUCACUUCCUUAUUCAAGAUUAGUUCUUCUCCCAUGAAAAAUCCAUCUGAAACUUCAUCACCUCCAGAAAAUAACAUUCAGAACUUUGCUUCUCAGAGUUCAGCUUCUGGUCCUUUAAACUCUGUCAUUCAAGAAUCUAAUGAAUAUUACCAAUAUUUAGACUUAGGAGACACAGAACAGAGAGAUACAAACAUGACUUCAAAUUAUAACAGUCCUUAUAUGGAAUUAAAACAGAUACCAGGCCUUUUACCACCUGUGACUUAUUAUCAGGCUAGCUACUGGAAAGGCUCCAAUUGUAAUCCCAACACAAUGCAGAAUAAUCCUUUUUUGAUUAAUAGAGAAUCAAGAAAUAUGGCUAAGAACUCCUUUUUUAAUCAGAAUAACUCAGAGACAGAUUUAUUUUCUUCGGGUCUGAAGCAAUUGUAUAGUGAACCGAUAUCAUCAGCUGAUACUCAGGAGAGAUUUAUCCCCAAUUUUAUAAAUUAUCAGGAAAGGGGAAUAUAUAAAGCAGAAGGAUCUAUAAAGAAAGAAGCAUCUGCUCCAACCCCAGAAUGCUCUCAUUGGAACAUCGCAAAGAAUGUUCAGGAACAUCACUUAAUCAAUUUACCAUACAGUACAGAGCAGACUACAAGUAACAAGAGUUUCUUCCAGGGAGAUAAUUUAUUCACCAGCCAUCAAAAACAAGUUUUGGACGAAUUGGGAGGUUUCAGAUAUGAAAGUUCCAGUUGUGGAGCUGAAAAGUCUGUCUGUGGAGAACUGCCAUCUCUUUCCAGUUUGGAUUUAUUUCAUACUUCUGAUUCUCACGUAAAUCAAAAAGAAUUCAAUAAUUCUUAUAUCAAGCAAAGUGCUAAGAAAUGGUUAGGACAGAAAAGGCAUUCUGAAUUUUCAUCUACAUCAAGGGAAAAGGAAUCAUUAACAGGUGGCAUGUGCUCACAACUACAAUUCAAAAAACGACGACUCAUAUAUGAAAAAGUCCCUGGUAGAGUUGAUGGACAAACUCGUCUAACAUUUUUUUGA